UUUCUCGUCCUGCUGGCUUGGGUCCGAGGCCUCCGGCUCCAAGUCCCGAACUCAGGGGGCGGGGCGCUAGGGGCGGGUCCAAAGGGGCGGGGUCCCGGCGUGCUUGAAAGGCGCGGACCCCGCGGGACCCACCCAGUCCCGCGCUCCGGUCUGCUCCCGCCCAGCCGCCCGCCCCGGACCCGGCGCCACCAUGCCCAAGUGCCCCAAGUGCGACAAGGAGGUGUACUUUGCUGAGCGGGUGACCUCCCUGGGGAAGGACUGGCAUCGGCCUUGCCUGAAAUGUGAGAAAUGUGGAAAGACGCUGACCUCAGGGGGUCACGCUGAGCAUGAAGGCAAGCCCUAUUGCAACCACCCCUGCUACUCGGCCAUGUUCGGACCCAAAGGCUUUGGGCGAGGUGGCGCGGAGAGUCACACUUUCAAGUAAACCCCAGGUUUUGGAGACCUCAUGCCUGGUUCCUCCAGGCUGAUGGCAGACCUUCCCCACAGGCAUCUGGGGCUCCUCUGUAGACGCCCCUGCCCUCAAUAAACCCAGACACUUCGAAGA